GAGCAAAGAGACAGAGAAAGGUAUGUCCCAGUCUUGCUCUGCUUAAGCGAAGUGUUUUAUCCAUCCCAGAACACAGCCUUGAAUGGGCCUUCAGAUUUGAGUUGUGUGUUUAAUAUUUUGGACUCUGUGGAAGAAGAACAGCCGCCUUCAGCUCCCACAUCGUGCUGUCUGUGGGGGGGCCGUGUAGCAAGGAUAACAAACUCGAAGGAAGGAACUUCUCAAGCUGAACUGCGAGAGGGUUUGCUGCUGCUGCUGCCGCUGUUGCCGCUGCCGGCUUCCAGGGAACAGAAUGCAGAAGGCGAGAGAGAGAGAGAGAUGUGCAGGGAGUUUUUUUUUUCUGUGGCAAAGUCAAGAGGAGCAUCAGAGCACCGGUGAAAGGGGGGAAGAAGAGAGAGAAAGAGAUCUUGGCAGGCUGCGGGGCACCAUCCCAAAGGCCCAUGAUGACCCCCCCACCGGAAAGGAUGGGAAAUCACCUCCAGGACUGUAAGUGAUGCUGAAGCGGGAGAGGAGCAGAGGGAAAGAGAUUGGGGAAAAUUGCUGGGCACUGCAGAAGAGUUGGGCGUGUUUAACCUUCACCAGUACAGAGCUGGUGUUGCAAAGCUUGGGCACCCAGAGAGAGGCACCUUUUGGGGGUUCUUGCAAAUGGAGGAUGGGAUGGGAUGGGAUGAGCUGGGGACCCCCCUCCUUUGACAUUUUGGAAGCAGCACCAUUUGACAGCUUUGCAAGGGUGUGUGUGUUUUGGGCAGGGGGGAGUUCCUCUGGGGAGGCUGGGGAAAUCUCUCAAAGCCCUAGGUGGAAAAGAAGCGGCAUCUGCUGAGAGCUGCAAUUUUCUCCUUUCUGGGUGGUCCAGAGAACAGAGACCCUCUCUAGGGGAUUUGGGAAGAAUUAGGGUCAGCAGAGAGAGUUUGUCAGAAUGCUGAGAAAAAGGGAGAGGGUGGUUAAUAAAAAAUAAAAAAUCAUCCUAGCAAGGUUGCCCCUUCUGCCCCCCCCCUCUGCAAUGAGGUGCAUGAUCAAGUUUUGCAGAGGGAAAGUGUCACCAAGUAAAGCACACAGAUCAGGUGUCCAGUCACAUUCAGGUCUGUAACUUUUGGGGACUUAUUGUGUCAAAUUCAAUUCGGAAAGCAGAAUUCAUAAGACAUCUUAGUGGCUUUGAGGGCAGCACCAUUCUCUCUUUCCCCAUGCAGAUGGGCUAGAAGAAUUAACGACCCUCAUUAAGCAGACUAAUACAGUCCUGACCCCCAUCAAUGCUGCCCUAGCAUCAGAAGUGCAGAAUCUCCCAAUCUUGGUCAAGUGUGUAUAUUAAGUUACUUCUGCAGCCCUAGGCCUAAAACCUUGGACAAUUGGUAGAGGGGGGGGGGAGCUAGUCUUUUUAUACGUGUCCAGUGACAGAAACUUGUAAAAUGAGUAAGAUAGAUAGAUAGAUAGAUCUCAAGAGUGCACUUAAUGCGCUGCUGUGUUGUUUUAAUUAGGGUGUACAAAAAGAUGUAGAUAAAGCCUAAUAUUUACUGUGGGAUUCUCUCUCUUAAUCCAAAAACGCAAAUGGAAUAUUAGGCCUUGUAGUAGGGAGGCAUUGUGUUGAACUGGGCUCCUGAACACUUCAUGCUGGUUGCUAGACUUUAAAUACUGUACAUAUAUGUUUUUUUUUCUAGUCUGGUUUGACACUCGUGGGCAAAAUGUAGAUUCUCUGAAGCUGGAAGGGAAAUGACAGAGGUCUGUUGAGUGGUUGAAUGUUGGUGUCGCAUUUUUGCUACUUUGACUCCAGUUGGAAAGAUUAUCUCUUUUGCUGGACCAGCUGUAAUUGAUCCAAGUGAAAUUAAUUUUGGUGGGUUUAAGCGGGCAGACAGGUUAGGGUUUUUUCACUUCCUAACUGGCGGAGCUUGUUGAUUUAGAGUAGGGUGUGGAUUUGAAGAAGUUCCAGACUUAUUUUCUUGAAACCUCUCUGCUCCUUUUUUUUUUAAUGUGUUCAUCUGAUAAAGUGGCUAAUGCAGUCACUUUAUAAUGGGAUCGAUGGAGCUGGCAGAGGAGCAGGGCUGGCGGGUGGGGGUGGGGGGGACGAGUAGAAACAGGAACUGGGCCAAGCAAUGGCAAUGAGUAGUGAAACUUGGAACAUCUCUGUUAAGUGAGUGGCUGCAGAAACCCAGGGUUGGAGCUGGAAGGAGAUGGGAUUAAAAAGCGAGAGACUUCCUUUUAUAGCAAAUGCUGGGCAGCAAACGGAGUGUGUGUGUGUGUGUGUUUCUCUUCAUCCAAUCUGCCUUUGGCAGGUUCCCCAAGAAACUUCAUCAGUGCCUUGGCUUGGCUGGAAUCCCUAUUGCUUCACACGCGACUGAACCCCAGUCCCAACAUUCUUCCGCCAGUUCCUGAGCCCGGCAGAAUCAACAAAAUGCCCCUUCUCACAAGCAUCCCAAACAGGUUCUAGGCUGUCUGGGUGACCCUCACCCCCCCCACUCCCACUCCUCAUUCUGCCUCAUUCAAAUGUAUGAACUGCAGUGUCAACGUUGGGCAACAGGCAGUUUCGAAAGGGCAGACCUUGAAAUGUGGCUGCGUGGGGCCUUUUCCUACGUGCGUCUUUCGUACAUCUAUGUCACUCGAUUUCCCUGCAGUUCAUUAGUGUAUCCUUGAUGACUGGCAGCUGAAUGCAUUAUUAAGAGCUCUCUUGUUCUCCCAAAUGAUCAGGAGCUUGGGGCUAAUAUCUAUAUCUAUCUACCUUCCUAUCUACCUAUCAUCUAUCUAUGCUUUCGUACGCCAUUUAUUGUGCACUGAGUGUUGCUCAUCCCUGCAAAUUUGUCGCAGCGUCCACUUGGCAUCGCUCUUGUCAAAAUCCCAUCCCACCCACUCCGUGUUUAACCCAGAUUUAUCAUGAUUUUUUUAAAAAUAAAUGAAUCAGAUUUUUUGAAGAAAUGGUGAAUCCAGUGUAAAUGGAAAAAUAAUACAGGGCAACAUUUUGAUGAGGAUGGUGUUUGUGUGGAUGAUGGUGCAGGGCUUGCAGGUAUGGGGAGCAAUGAAUCCACCAUAGAUCGUGGCAUGGAAGUGCCCUAUCUAGUGCAACAUAGAUGUGCCUGGUACUUUACCAGGCACAUAACAGCUCCCUGCCCAUAAAAUCAAUUCUGGGGAGACGCGGAAGAGGAAGAGGGAACAGAGGCAGGGGUAAAUGCAAACUGCUCUGUUUCAGAUGAACUUAUUUAGGCUUGCUUACAGGAGUGCAGGGGGCAUUAGCCUUUUGGGAGCCUGUGAGCACAUUUGCAAGGUGGAGAAACUGUCAGGGUAACACACACACACACACACACACACACAAAUACAUACAUGCCACAACCUAUUCUAUUGACUACAGCAGACAGCUGCUUUCAAGGCUAAUUUCAGCAAGGGGAGGGGAUCCUUCAAGUGCCAGGGAAGAUUUCGGCAGGUGCGUGGAUGUCCGUGGGCACCAAGCUGGCAACCCCUGCAGUAGUAUAUGGGAAACUAGAGGGCUGUGCCACAGAAUUCAUGGAAUAAGUGUCCUCUGAAGAGGGAUUGUAAGUAAGUAAGUGGUAACCUCAUGCAGUGUUCUGCACAGCAGUUCCACACAUCUGGGCAGCAAGGAAGGAUGAUGUCUUUUGAAAGAGCAGGAGAGUUUUAGAUGGCUGCAGGUGGUAGAGCUGGAGACAUGAAAGUCAUGAGCAGGGGUUUAUCGCAGGGGUGGGGAACCUGGGACCCUCCAGAUCAGGCAUCCCCAAACUUCGGCCCUCCAGAUGUUUUGGACUACAAUUCCCAUCUUCCCCGACCACUGGUCCUGCUAGCUAGGGAUCAUGGGAGUUGUAGCCCAAAACAUCUGGAGGGCCGCAGUUUGGGGAUGCCAGAGCCUGCUGCAGAUGCUGUUAAACUCACAAGUCCCAUCAGCCUCAGUCAGCAUGGCCUAUCAGGGAUUAUGGGAGUUGUGGUCCAGCAACAGCAGGAGGGCACUAGGUUCCUCAUCCUUUGCUUAUCAAAUUAGAAGAGCAGAGAGAUGAGAAGGAAGCAUGGCCAAGGGCAGCAAAGUGAAGAAGGCAGCUGGGCUGGAUCCAACAAGAACAGACAGGAAGGCAGUGGGGGGGGGAUUUUUGAAGGUACUGCACAUGGGGAAAGGUAAACGGUUUGGGCAGCUGAGAGCUGGAUAUAGGCUAGGGAACAAGGGUCUUCCAGGUCUUCAUCCUGAUUUGUUUGCAGAGAGAAUAGAUGGCGCUGCAUCAAAGCAAGUGUUAUUCCCAAACUUUCCAGUUAUUCCCAUCACUUUCCUUAUUGCAAAAAGUCUGAUCUUUUGGGGAAGCAGGAUUGUUGCACAAGCCCUCCAAAACAACUAUAAUUGUGCAGCCUAAAUUUCUCAUUAUGUGAUUCCACCCAAAUAUAGUGACCCUCUGGAUGAGCCCAAGGUGAGACAAGAGAAAAGCAGAAAGGAUAUGAUUGCAGUAGUCUAGCUAAGACAUGAUUAGGGGGUUACAUGUCUUCUAUUUCUCUUGAAAAAAAGGACACUGGAGGCUUCGAUUGUCUUUGUCAUAUCUGUUUUAUUUACAAACAUGCAAGCAAGUGAAAACUAAGAGACUCCUGCAGCAGGCAGGAAAACUACUGCUGAUCCAUCCUGCAUCAGAUUCCCAGAGAGAGCAGCUGCUCCCUCCCCACCAGCUACUUCCAACUAAGCUUGAGCACAAAAUCUCCCAGCUCUCUGCCUGUCUCCAUUUGCCUCCCAGUCCCAACUGAAAAAUCUCAAAAACAGCCCCUGAGCUGAGCCCGAGUUCUUACUAGCUGAAGGGUUUCACCUUCCAAAGGCAGGGAGAAAGAUUCACAUCAGAAAGAAAACCACUCCAGGCUUGGAAACAAAUCACCUGAGAGAGAACCUUCUCAAAUAGCAAACCUACCCAAACCUUAAAUUCAUAGGACUGUAGAAUUGUUGAAACCACAAGGGUCAUAUAGCCUAAUCCCCUGCAAUGCAGGAAUCUUUUGCCCACCAUGGGGCUUGAACUCACAACCCUGAAAUUAGUUCCCCCACCAAAUGAAGUGAGACUGGUAAGCAAGAGAGAGAGAGCACAUUGCUUGGUGUUUCAUUCACUGAACGUACAUGUAUGUGAAGCAAGUUUUUACGACUGACAGCUGUGCAUGUGUAAACUGAUUCCACUGAAGAGCCUUUGUGGCUAAGGUGUCAUGGAAGUUCUGUCUGUGGGAAUUGCAGUGGCCUGUUCACUCAUGCAAUCCAUCAUGUCAGGUUGCAACAACCAAUUAGGAACAUAGGAAGCUGCCUUCUACCAUUGAUCCACCUUGCUCAGAAUUGUCUACACUGACUGGUAGCAGCUCUCCAGGGUUUCAGGAAGGAGUCUCUCCCCAGGCCUCCCAGGAGAUGCUGGGGAUUAAGCCCAGGACCUUCAGGUGCUCGACAAGUGAGCCACAACUCCUCCCCAUGCACAUGUGAACCAGUCUAGUGGCAAAUGAGCAAUCUGAAUAUACUGCCCUGGUAAUGUACAAAGUGCUUUGAGGAUGCUUCUGAGAGGACCUUUGUCCUAUACCUGAACAGUCCCAAGCCAUUCUUGGUCAUGCAAGCACUUGCAAUCAUCCACAAAAGUCAGUGAAAUGCAGCCAGAAGCACAUUUUGUGAUUUGAGACAGCAUUGCAAUUAUUAUGGGAACCGAUACUGGCUGUAUCUGUGCUUCCCCGGUUAUAAUCACCACCACCACUUGUAGCAUCUACAUUUUUCUAAGCUUGGUACGAAGCCAAGGAAACUGGGGUUGUCCAAGUAGCCUCCCAAAGUGAGCCCAAAAUGGAAGAGUGGGUUGAAGCGGGAAUCACAAGGCCUCAAGUUCCCUGAGAUUUCUGAGAAGAUCUAAAGAAAAUAACAAAAAGAGAGGAGGCAAUGGGACAGGAGAGAGGCGAUAGGAAGGGUAAACUAGCCGAGCAAUCUGUCUGGGAGCAUCCCUUUGAGAGGGCACCCUAGUUGUGCAGCACUAAAACUGCUAGCACGUUUGCAAAACUAAACAGGGUCCAAUAUGGCUUCAAAUUAGAUGGGGAAAUACAUGUUGAGAUUCCUGCAUUGCAGGGGAUUGGCUCUCAAGGUUCCGUCCAAGUGUACAAUUCUAUGAUUCUAUGAAUGAAAUGGUGCAUUGGGGGCAAGGACAUGAAGUUCCCAAUGGUGGUUGAUGAGUAUUAGAGCUGGUAGGUUGCAAAGCAGGGAGGCCAACAGUAGGUGGAGCCAGAGCAAAUGGUAGGCAGAGACAGGCAAAGCCAGUGACAGGCAGGGCCAACUCAUUCUAGUUUUGUCCCCAUCUUCAUCCCUGUUGAAUUCUACAGGUACUGUGGAGGAGGAAGUUGACAAUCAGGGCCACGCCCUGGGCCAGGUGUAACCAGGCAGGUGGGGGCUGGUUGAAGGCAGACUGUGGUUGGUGGGCUCAAAUAGGCCUUCCUCCAGUGAAAGGUUCCACCUAGAAGAGCAAGGUCAAUAAUCUGGAUGGAGAGGGGCUGGUGGUAUUUCAAAAGAAAGGCUGAGCACCAAGAGCAAUUGCAGAUAGGAUACUUUUAAAGUUUCCCACCACAGUGCAUUUGAGGGAAUAUUUGCAGGAGGAAGGUUAGUUCCAUGUGCAAAAUUGAAUAGGGAGCCCAUAUCAAGGCUGUACUUGACCGUGUGCAAAAAGGGUUCGACGUGCAAAAGCGAAGUGGUCGAUCCUAACCUCCUCAAGAACUGCAAAUGACUGUUGAUUAGUUCACCUGGAGGGACUGUGGGCGCUUGCAGACUGUCAGAUUUUCAGGUGAUUCAAUCACAUACUGACAGAUUCACACCACACAAUUAGAGUUGACGGGGAGGUAUUGCUGGACAAACCCACUUCCCGCAGGGACUGGACUUUUUGCAGAAAGGAAAAGCACUAGAAAGUGUGGAAUAAUGUUAGUUUCCAUCUGACCUCUCUGCAAACAUCAUCAGGAUGAAUGGCCAAUGAACUGGUCACCUAGAAGUGCCCAGUGCUUAUUUGUUCUUACCAGAAGCCACUGAAUGACAGAGGCAGCACAUGUCUGUGUUGGCUGUGUGCAGUUGAAUCAGGUGCUGCAUCAGGCACUUGCAUCCCUCUGGGAUCCUUGCUCCUCGCAGGCAACGAGGACAAGUUUAACUCCUGCUAGAGAGGGUAGCUAGUACACACCAAGGUUAGCUUUCCUCUGCUGCGCUUUGCACAGUCACUGGUAGAGCUAAGCUGAAUGAGCCAGGGAGUUAAGGGGUCUGCCCUGAAGGACAGUGAGAAGCAGCAUCGCUGCAACAAGACCCACACCUUUGAGCGAAGGUUGGCAGGUGGGUGGGAUGAUUUAGGAUGUGUAAGGAUAGCGGUGGAAGGACAUGAGUGCUGCAUCCUUCUCUUAACGAAUGUAUAGAAUAGACUAGAGCAACCAAAAUGGCCAAGGGGCUGAAGCAUCUCUGUUAUGGAGAAAGAUUACAGUGUUAGGGACUGUUUAGUUGAGAGGGGAAAGGCAAAUAAUGGGAAGGGUGGUUAGGGAUGGGGAGAAAUCAAUUCAGUUCACAAAUUUACCUGAUUUGCACUUUCUGAAACAACAUGCAAACCAAGACAGCUAUUCUUUGAAAUUUGCACUUUUGCCAAUGUUGCAAUGCAGUUCCCCAGCUGAGUGCGGUGCAUAAAAAUGCACACGCCAGAGUAAAGUGUACAUAAAAAUGUGCAUGUUAGUGCAAAUAGCAUACACAAAUGCAUUGUAGUAGGGAACACUGCUUUGCAAAAAUAUGUAUAAUAGGAAAGAUUGCACGCAAACAUGUAUAUUAAAGAGAAAGUAAUGCCUAAACGCUGGGGAAAUUUCUUGAGGACUUAAAAAAAAAAUCACCAAUGGAUGUGAAAAUGGUGAGAACUGAAUUUAAGACCAGGAAAGCGAGAGUCUGAUAGAAACCAAAAUGGACUGGUUCCCCCAUCCCAAGACAUGACUGAGUUGUAUAACAGUAUGCACGGUAUGGUGCAGAGAGAAGUUUUUCUCCCCCUCUCAUAAUACUGGAACCUGAGGUUAUCCAAUGAUGCUUUAAAAGGGAAUUAGACAAAUUCACGACAGAUCAGGCUGUGAAUGGCUACUUGUCACAGUACGCCUCUGAGUACCAGUUGCUGGGGAGCAUGAAUGAGGGCAUGCUCUUGGGCUCAUGCCCUACUUGUGCGCUUCCCAGAGGCAUCUGGUUGGCCACUGACAAAAGAGGAUGCUGAACUAGAUGGGCCUCUGGCCUGAUCCUGCAGGGAUCUUCUUAUGCUCUUUCCCUAUUGCUGUACCCCCUUGCAGCCUUUCCCCCUAAGCCAGGGACGAGGAACCUCAGGAUCAGGGGCAAAAUGUGGCCCUCCAGACCUCUCUGCCUGGCCCUCAGGUCACUGGCCUUGCUUGGAAACCCCCCCCCCCUUCAGUGUUUUUGCCUGGUCGGAAAGGAUGCUUGCUUGGCUGGAGGAGAGCAAAGGGUGUGUGAGUGUUGUGUUGAAACUGUACAAAGAUAACAUUCACAUUUGUUACUCUAUGCACUGCUGGCAUUUGGCCCUCGGAAGGUUGCCCAGAAGAGAAUGUGUCCCUCAAAAUGGGUCUCUCUUCCCCCCCCCUGCUCUAAGCCAUUUCCUUCUCACCAUUUCCUCUCCCCAAGACAAGCUUAUUUCUGGGGGAGAGAGUUCAGCAUUGUCUCCCAUCUGACACUGCUCACCCCAAUCCACUGCUGCACCGUUAUGCAGAAGCAACCCCUUGUUUUAAUGCAGCCUAAUUCCUCAAGGGGAAAACUAGUCAGUGGAAGAAGUUUUUCUUCCCUGGCCCUGCAUAAAAGGAUGGCUGGCGGGGCCUUCACUACCAUUGGGCAGAGUGAGGUGGCUGCCUCAGGUGAGAGUGCCAGGGCGUGUUGGCAAGGACAACAGGGCUGUGUGUGCCACAUGGCUGGCCCUGCCCUUCCUAAGCUGGCCUGCUUCCCCCAGAUGCAGUGGAAGAUGUCGAAGGAUGCCAGCGUUGAAGUGCAGCUCAGCUGCCGCCUCCCCACAGAGCCACCUUGGCCAAGAAUUGCCAGCCUCUGCAAGGUCAUGGGGCAAACUAGUUUUCCGAUCCAAGCUGGCAAGGGUUCAGCAGAUUUGUCAGCCUUCAGAGCAGAAAACCUCUGUUUAAAACCCUCCAAAGAAAGAGAGUCCAGCACUUUCUAAGGUAGCCUGUUCCACUGUCAAGCAGCUCUUACUGUCAGAAAGUUCUUCUUAAUGUUUAGUUGCAAUCUCCUUUCAUUUUAAUUUCAAUCCAUUGGUUUUGAGUCCUGCCCUCUGGAGCAGCAGCUUGCUCCAUCUUCCAAGUGAGAGCCCUUGAGACUGCAUGAUUCUUUGCAUCACCGUGUGCCUCAGAAGAGGGUUGCAGGGGAGGGGCAUUUCUGUGGCCUGGGCAGACUUUUUAAACAUCACCACUAAAGCUUUCUUCUUUGUCUUCUCCUUCAAGCAAAGAAUCCGUGACCAGUUUGGGGCAUGCAUUCAAGUUAUGUGUCAUGCAUAUGAAACUAAAGGCAUUUUGAGCAUCAACCCCCUCACCACCAGUUAUUUAAAACUGUAAAGCUUCCCUUACUUAACAAUGGGUGCUUCCAGACAGUUGCUAUUUUGCAGGUGGCCACUCUGGGCAGCUUAUAGCACAUAUAAAAAAUUGUAAAACAUCAGACAUGAAAGGUUUUCUGAUACAGGACUGCCUUCAGAUGUUUUCUAAAAGUCUGUUAGUUGUUUAUUUCCUUGACAUCUGGUGGGAAGGUGUUCCACAGGGUGAGAAGGCCCUCUGCCUAGUUCCCUGUAACCUCACUUCUUGCAGUGAGGGAAAUGCCAGAAGACCCUCAGAGCUGGACCUCAGUGUCCUGGAUGAACGAUGGGGAUGGAAAUGCUCCUUCUGAUAUACUGGGCCGAUACUGUUUAGGGCUUUAAAGGUCAGCACCAACACUUUGAAUUAUACUUGGAAACAUACUGGAAGCCAAUGUAGGCUUUCAGGACCGGUGUUAUAUGGUCUCUGUUGUGUAUUGAGUCAAAGGAUUUUAUAUCUGUAUUAUUAUUGUCUGUAUUUGCAUUAGGAUAAAGUAACUGCCUUUUGGUUCCAGAGGGUACAGCUACUAUUGGUUCAUUUAAGCUGCUGUAUUUGGAUCCUCUGUCUUAUUGGUUUCCUCCAAAAGGCAGCACUGUGAUUGCUUGAUAUUGUUCCCUCCAAAAUGUAUCCCUUCCUAGCUAGUUCCCUGUCCCUAUAAAUGUAGCUUUCCUCUCCUCAGUCUUCAGUCUUGUUCACUUUAAUAAAGAGCUGUUACUAGAGAACUGUCUCCAGCAUGUUUUGUCAAGAGAGCUGAAAUCACAAACCCCACGUCACAACAACUGGCGACGAGGAUGGGAUCCAGAAUGCUGAGGAGCGGUUAAACACAACCCUGCCUCAGAGUCCGGAUUGCAGCUGAGAACAAGACUCACUGGCCAGCUGAGAAGACGACCCUGCCCGCUAGGACAAUGGAGAGUCCAAGGGUAUUGGAGCCCUUCCAGCCAUCAGAGCCCCACACCUGGGAAGACUACGUCGAACGCUUCGAGUUCUUCGCAGUGGCUCAAGGGAUCACCGAUGCCAGCAAAAGAAGGGCCACAUUCCUGAGCUACUGUGGGCCCGAGACCUUCAAGCUAGCCAAGGCAUUACUUGCUCCAGCGAAGCUGAGUGAGACAUCUCUCCAAGAUAUUCUUGCCUGCCUAACAAGCCACUUGGCGCCUACUGAGACCAAGAUGGCCCGGCGGAUGGAGUUCCAUAAGAGGCAGCAGCAUGCUGGGGAGUCUGUAUCCACAUUUCUGGCUGAACUCCGGAAGCUCGCUCAGCACUGCGGCUUCCAAAAUCUGGAAGAGACUCUCCUGGAUCGGUUUAUUGGUGGUCUGAGCAGCAAGAAAGCCAGAAGACGCAUCGUGGCUAAAGAAGAGGUUACCCUUGCUUCAGCCUUGAAAGAGGCCACCGCCACGGAGAAUUAUGAAAGAGAGGAGCCUGAUGCCAGUCGCAAGGCCACUAAGCCACAGAUAGAAGUUGUGCAUGCCAUGGACGAGCUAGAGGCUACUCCGAGCCAGAGCCCAGUCCGUGGGGUCGAGUCGGUGCGUCAGGCCUGCACAGUGCACAGAGAUCGCCGAGGCAGUUGCCCAGGUUGUGGCGGAAACCAUGAAAGGAAGAGUUGUCGUUUCAGGGAUGCUAUCUGCCGGACGUGCGGAAAGACGGGUCACAUCGCCAGGGUCUGUAGAUCGGCGGCGUCGGGAGCGACAGGAGCACCUAGACUGGAGCAUCGCAGACCGCCCACAGCAACUCGUUUUCUAAAGGACUGCCACUACGUAACGGAGAUCAACGGGAGGGCCGUGCAGUUUCCAGCGCAAGGCAAGGCACACGUCAAGGUGAAGAUUGAGGGUCAGCAGUGCGACAUGGAGGUGGACUCCGGAUCCGCAUUCACCAUCGUGUCGGACCAGACCGCGAAGACAUUCUUCCCCAGGGGUAAGUUGCCCCCUCUGGAGCCCUUUCCGGCAACCUUGCAGUCGUACUCAGCAGGCCGCAUCCAUGUUAUGGGAAUGUGUGCCGUGAGAGUACAGUUCCGGGACAAACAGGCUGUACUCAAACUGGUGAUUGCGAAGGGCAGUCGCCCCAGUCUCCUGGGCACUGACUGGUUCCCUGCCCUGGGACUGAGUAUCUCAGGGCUUAAUUCAAUCCAAACCUGCCCUGAGAUGAGUGAGGUAUUAUGCAAGGAAUUUGCUGGUCUCUUUAAUGGAAAACUGGGUUGUUAUAAAGGGCCCCCAGUUGACUUCGAGUUGGACCCCGGGGUGGCUCCAAUCCGACUCAAACCAAGGCGAGUGCCAUUUGCACUGCAACCCAAGAUCGAGGCAGAGCUGGAUAAAUUGGUCAAGCAGGGAGUUCUCUCACCCGUGGACUCUGCUAAGUGGGAGACUCCAAUCGUCACACCCCUUAAAGCAAAUGGGGAAGUCAGGAUAUGUGCAGAUUACAAAUGUACUAUCAAUAAGGCACUCAGGGGAAACUCAUACCCCAUUCCAGUCGUAUCACAGCUGUUGGCUAAACUGGCUGGGGGCAAGGUGUUCGCCAAAAUUGACCUGGCACAAGCUUACCAACAGCUGCCAGUAACCCCACAAUCAGCGGAAGCACAGACUAUUGUCACACAUAAAGGGGCGUUCAGAGUUAACAGAUUACAGUUCGGAGUUUGUGUGGCCCCAGGGAUUUUUCAAGGGCUCAUGGAACGCCUGUUAAGAGGUCUGCCGGGGGUCUUGCCAUUUUUUGAUGAUGUUUUGAUUGCUGGAAAAGACCCACAGGAACUGGUUGCGCGUGUCCGUGCAGUGUUGCUCAAGUUCAAGGAGGUGGGGUUGCAACUGAAAAAAGAAAAAUGCAGUUUUGGGGUGCCAACUGUGGAUUUCUUGGGGUUUAAAAUUGAUGCAUCAGGCAUCCACCCCACAGAUGCUAAGAUUAAGGCCAUCAUCGAGGCACCACGACCACAGAACAAGACGGAGUUGCAGUCAUUCCUGGGACUUAUUAACUUUUAUCAUUCGUUCUUACCCCAGAAAGCUUCGGUAGCUGAACCAUUACAUAGACUAUUGCAGAAAAAGAAUGUGUGGCGAUGGGGGCGGGAGCAGCAGAAGGCUUUUGACUCCUUGCGAGGAAUGCUGAGUAGCAGGAGCGUCCUUGCUCAUUAUGAUGAGUCAAAGCCGCUGGUCCUGGCAUGUGAUGCCUCUCAAUACGGUCUGGGGGCUGUGCUGAGUCAUAGGGAACCGGAUGGGUCGGAAAAGCCCAUCUCUUUCUAUUCCCGUACGUUGUCGCCCACAGAGCGCAACUAUGCUCAAAUUGAUAAAGAGGCACUGGCUAUUGUGUCCGGAAUCAAAAGGUUCUAUGAUUAUUUGUACGGUCGCCAUUUCUCCAUUGAAACGGACCACAAACCACUGUUAGGGUUGUUCAACCCAAACAAACAAACGCCACAAAUUCUCUCCCCCAGAAUGUUGCGUUGGUCAAUAUUCCUGAAUGGGUUCCAGUACACCUUGACCCAUGUGCCGGGGAAACAGUUGUGCCAUGCUGAUGCGCUGAGUCGCUUGCCCCUUCCUGGCGGGAGCAAUGAGGAUCCUGCUCCGGCGGAGCAUAUUAUGAUGCUAGAAACACUUCCGGGGGCUCCUGUAACAGCUACGGAUAUAGCUGAGAAAACGAGGAAAGAUGCUGUUCUCUCCCGUGUGCUCACUUGGGUGGGGAGGGGGUGGCCAGGUGGUCCGCAUGAAGAAAAAUUCAGGCCUUAUGCGACAAGGCAGCACGAAUUGUCCAUGCAUAAGGGUUGUCUCCUAUGGGGAGAUAGGGUGAUAAUCCCAGCACCACUGAGAAACAGGGUUCUUGAGACGCUUCACAUGGGACACCCGGGAAUGGUCAGGAUGAAGUCGCUAGCCCGAUGUUAUGUGUGGUGGCCUGGAAUGGACCAGAACAUAGAACAAUGGGUACGAACAUGCAAGGCAUGCCAAGAGGUGCGGCCAGAAGUGGCCAGAGCACCAGUCCACUGGUGGGAGCAGUCCAGGACUCCCUGGAGCCGGCUGCACAUAGAUUUUGCAGGGCCAUUCCAAGGGAAGGUCUUUUUGGUUAUCGUUGAUGCAUAUUCCAAAUGGUUAGAAGUGGCGAUGGUCCCUAGCAUGGCAUCAGCUGCCGUAAUCAAGGUGUUGAGGCAGCUGUUUGCUACCCACGGGUUACCUGAGACCAUUGUAUCAGAUAAUGGGGCAGCUUUUGUAUCCCAAGAAUUCAGGGCAUUCUUGGCUGAUAACUUUAUAAGAGGGGUCACAUCCGCGCCCUUUCACCCAUCCUCCAAUGGGCAGGCUGAGCGCAUGGUAAGAACAGCCAAAGAAUCCAUUGCGCGCUUAAUGGAGGGUAACUGGUCGGCUCGCAUUGCGCGAAUGUUAUUUUUGCAGCAUGCGACGCCGUGUACUGCGACGGGCAAGUCGCCAGCCGAGCUGCUCUUAGGUAGAAGACUGGUAACGGUGCUGGAUUAUGUCCACCCAGAUAAAAUGCCAAACCGUAAUUCAAGAGCAACCCCCCAGGCUGAGACUGACACAACAAGGUAUCUCGCCCCUGAAGAUCUGGUCUGGGUGAGGAACUAUUCACGAGGUCCGCGGUGGGUGGCCGGUGUGAUCACCCGGGCUAGUGGACCUGUGUCCUAUUAUGUGACCUUGGAAAAUGGGCAAGUUUGGAAGAGACAUAUAGAUCAGCUGAGGCGCCGGGCGCUCAGCAGGGAGGAGUCAGAUAAUUCAUCCCUGGCUAAUGACGCACAGCUGCAAGACCAGAGUGAAAAUGGUCCAGAGGUACAGUCACCAGGGGCUUCAGCAAGUGGACCUAAUGUAUUCUGGAAGCAGAAGAGCAUUUCACAACAGUGGCAGCAGGAAAUGGGGAUACAGGAAGCCACCUUAGACACCUUAGCCACCAUCUAG